UUGUCGUCACCUGUGAACGAAAUGUUGUGAACCAAUCUAAAUGUCAAAUGUGAAGAACCUCCAGGAGAGGUUUGCAAGAAAUGAAUCAAAUUUUGUAAAAAAAAUGUAGUAUUUAUGGAAAUAAAUACAGAACUAAAAAUCAACACGGUGUAUCACCGUUUUUAUCUCUAUUUGUAGUUGAUAUUUAAAAUGGCAGGAGAGGUAACACCUACAUCUGGGUGUAGUAGAAAAAGGGGCAAAUUGUACAGGCAAGAGUCACAUAAAAAGGAAUCCGAUGUAGAAACUGACAAGCCAAACGCUGCCAUCAAUUCUGAUUUAAAUACAAGGGGCGGUGUUAGGGUGUACAAGAUUGUGGUUUUAGGAGACGGUGGUGUAGGGAAAUCAGCCGUCACACUACAGUUUGUGAGCCACAGCUUUUUAGACUACCACGACCCGACAAUUGAAGAUUCAUAUCAGCAACAAGCGGUUAUAGAUGGAGAGCCUGCCUUAUUGGACAUUCUGGACACUGCGGGACAGGUGGAAUUCACGGCAAUGCGCGAUCAAUACAUGCGAUGCGGUGAGGGAUUUCUCAUUUGUUACAGUGUUACAGAUCGUCAUAGUUUCCAAGAGGCGUUGGAGUACAGAAAGCUAAUUCAAAAAGUGAGAGCAUCCGAAGAUACGCCCUUAGUUUUAAUAGGUAAUAAAUUUGAUCUUCAAAUGCAACGUAAGGUUACAGCCGAAGAGGGGAAGACGUUAGCUAGACAAUUCGGUUGCCCAUUUUACGAGACCUCCGCAGCUUUACGUACGUACGUAGACGACGCCUUUCAUACGCUAGUGAGAGAGAUAAGGUCGAAAGAAAGGAAAAAAUUGGGGCUGCCUAGCUGCGGCGAGCGUAAGCCUCACAGACAUAGUAAGUGGUGGAGGCUACGAAGUAUCUUUGCAUUGGUCUUUCGACGGAAGAGACACACGAGUUACUCUUAGAAAUGCAAGGUGGUACAAAGUAUAAGAAAAUUCUUGUGCGUGUUUUUUGUUUGCUAAUUUAUUUAUGUGUUCAGUAGGUAGUAGCAAAAUAUUGCGGCAGAAAUUCUUUUUAUAAACUUCGGUUGCAAGUGACCAUGAUUCGCAAUAAUAUUUAUAUUUAUUUGGAAAAAUUGAAUGUUAAUCGGUGCUUAUUAGAUAUACAAAUAGUACAAUUUUAAGUAAGAUGAUACUUGCCAUGUUAACCUCAUGACGUUUUAGUUUUCGUAAGUUAUCCUGUACAGUACAGGUAAGAGACCAAUCAAAUGCAUUUAAUGUUUACAGAAGGAACUAGUAUUUCUAAGUAUUUAGUCUUCAUUUUAAGAGAGGCUAUUUAUAAUAUUUAUUUUAAUUAUAACUUUUUGUACCUGCAUGUUAUGUGUAAUUUAUUUCUACUGCUUUUUUAAUUACUACUUGUUAUUAACAACCGAAGAGGCUUUAUUUAUACAUAAUUUGUGAUAAAACACUUUGCCACAACAGGGUGUUUUUAUAAUAUUCGUGUACUUAUUUACGUUUAGCAGUGCUUCUGUUAGUUAAUUGUUGCAUUUUCCACAUGAAACCUUGUUUAGAAAACGAUCUCGAUAUAUUAUAGUCAUUUACAGUUUUUGAUAAUUUCACAUUUUAAAUUAGAUGUUAACCUACCUUAAAACGUUUUACACUAAGUUACCACUAAUUGUACCUUAUUUAUGCGCUAAACCUGCGCAAAACUGAUAAAAUUAUUAAAAGUAUAACAGUAGUAUAAUAGUAAAUGAAAUGUAUGAUUGUUAUAUAAAUUCAAGAUAAAUUAUAGAUAUUAUAUAAUUAUAAAAACCAAUCACAUAAUGACGGGUAUAUAUGUACUAAUAGCUAUGUAGUGAAUGUUCUUUUCGUACAUAUGCCGGCAGCUUAACUUUUUUUUACCAUUUAUUUAUGCAAAAACUUGCUUAGAGCGUGUAUAGAAAAAGAUUUUGUUAACACACUACAUAAGAAACGGCAAUUUUGAUUCAUUUCUAUUUUAUAUAACUGGUAUGAUUUUAACAAUAAAUUAAAAUUUUUAAA